CAUAUCUGGAGAACAUGGACAGGAAAGGUUCCAGGUAUCUACAUUUGAAAGUGCCAGCACAGGUGUAAAGUAAGAGCAAAAGUGUGGCGAGGGAGUUGCCCAAGUUCACGGCUGAACGGAACUUUUGAAGUGAUUAGCGAUCUACUUUUACUCGGGAGAUCUUUCUGCCAAGACACUUGAAUGCCAAAGUCCCCCGGCAAAAUCAUCAAAUGCUAAAGUCCUAAAGCACACAGAGUCGGGUGCACUUCAGGUAGGAUGGUUUCCUGGCUUCUCCGCCUGUUCUUCUGCACUCUUGCUAUCUCAGCAAGCCCACUCGUUCUGCCAUCCUCACGAGCGAUGGAUGAGGAUGUUGACGCUGGAUUAGAUCAAGACAUUGUGGAUAUUAAUGAAGACCUUGGACUGGAUCUCAUCGAAGGAGAUAUCAGACAUGAUCCGACCAUCGACAGAAGCGCAAUUUCCGAUGACAAGUACAGGUGGCCAAAAACAAUUCCAUACUAUCUGGAAGAUAGUUUAGACGUCAAUGCUAAAGGUGUCAUCCUCAAAGCAUUUGAACAAUAUCGCCUUAAAUCCUGCAUUGAUUUCAAGCCUUGGACAGGAGAGGUUAACUACAUAUCAGUAUUCCAAGGCAGCGGAUGCUGGUCUUCAGUGGGUAAUCACCACGUUGGGGAGCAGAAGCUCUCGAUCGGAGAGAGGUGUGAGAGAAUAGCGACCAUUGAACACGAGUUCCUCCAUGCACUGGGAUUCUGGCACGAGCAGUCACGGCCCGAUCGCGAUGACUACGUCAAAAUCAUGUGGGACAGGAUUGAUAACGGUAAAGAACACAAUUUCAAUAAGUAUGACGAUAAGGUGAGCAAUUCGCAGAACAUCCCAUACGACUAUACCUCAGUAAUGCACUACAGCUCCACGGCAUUCAACAACGGCACACAACCAACAAUAGUCACCAAGAUCGCCGAAUUCAGUAAUGUCAUCGGGCAGCGCAUGGAAUUCAGCGAUUACGACCUUCAAAAACUCAACCGUCUCUACAACUGCACCACAUCGCUCAGCUUCCUGGACAGAUGCAGCUUCGAAGGUGAAAGUAUCUGUGGCAUGAUACAGAGUCCAGAUGACAACGCAGACUGGCAGCAUGUUUCUCAGGCUCCAGGUGGGCCCGACAAAGACUUCACCAACAUGGGCGACUGCAAAGGCAGUGGAUUCUUCAUGCAUUUCAACACCAGUUUAGGCCCAGUGGGACACAGGGCGCUUUUGGAGAGCAGGAUCCUUUACCCAAAGCGGGGCUUCCAGUGCCUGCAAUUCUACGCCUUCAACAGUGGCAGUGAAGGAGACGAACUAAACAUUUGGGUCAGAAGUUACAACAAAACAAAUCCCAACGGCACUUUGACCAAAGUGGCAAGAAUAACUGAAUUGGGCCUAAAUUACUGGCAGCUUCACCAUGUCAGACUAGACGUCUCCGGAAAGUUCCGUGUUGUUUUUGAAGGGGUGAAGGGAGGUGCUCCCUCCAAUGGAGGUAUUUCCAUUGACGAUGUCAACCUCUCGGAAACCUUUUGCCCGACACACGUGUGGCGCAUCAGGAACUUCACCGGCCUACUGAACACUAGCCCAUCAGGGUUACAAGGCGCUGUCUACAGCCCGAGGUAUUACUCCCAGCAAGGGUAUUCCUUUCAGAUCAAGCUCCAUGUAAAUGGGACGUCCGAGCAGCCCUUCUACCUCGGUGUGUUCUUGCACUUGGUCAACGGGACCAAGGAUGAGGGUCUACAAUGGCCCUGCCCAUGGAUGCAAGGUACCAUGCUUCUGAUGGACCAACAGCCUGAUAUCAGACGCCGGAUGUCCAACCAAAGAAGCGUGACCACUGACCCAAAUAGGACCACAACCGAAGGCAACCAAACUUUCUUCUUCUGGGACAAGCCGAGCAAAGUUGGACUUCCCGUGACGGAGCCCGAUGGCACUGUGUAUUACCGGGGACCAGGGAUGGGAAUCAGUACAUUCUUAUCCCACGAACGAUUGAAAAGUAGAGAGUUCAUUAAGGGAGAUGAUGCUUAUUUCCUUUUAACCAUGGAAGAUGUAUCGCAUCUUGUGGCCACUCAGCCGACCCCACCACCGCCCACAAAACCCGAUCCCACCUCGACCAACGAGCCAGUAACCAAUCGCCCCGAGUCUUGCAUUGACCUUCAAUGUGAAAAUGACGGGGUCUGUAUUGUUCAAAAUGGGGAACCCAUCUGCAGGUGCCUGACUGGUGAGAACUGGUGGUAUUCGGGCAGACACUGUGAGCACUUUGGUGAGCAGGAGGAUACAGUGCUGAUCGCCGUGGCUUCGUCUGUGGCCAUCUUCCUCGGUAUGUUGUUUGUCACACUGCUCACCGCAUACUGCCUGAAGCGAAGAUACCGGAAGCAAAUGGACAAGUCGGACAAAGGAGUCAACUUGGCAAACACGGCAUUCUGAAGAAGCCGUAGAGAAGUCUAACAGCACGGAAAAGAGAGGAAACGACAAGCAAGUAUGGUCUUGUGGAGAUCCCAAAUAAUCUGUGCAGAUUUGUGAAUCAUGAUUUAGCUUGACAAAUAUCUGACUUUCAUUUGUAAACCUCAUGAAAUGAGCUCAUUACAAAAAUCUCUACUUUUACACCUAAUAUUCAUCAUAGCUUGAAAAUGCCAAAUAAAAUGAUUGCAAAAUAAUAACCGAACAGGGUGUGAUUGUAAUCACAGGCGGAGCACAAUGUAGAUAGGCUAGGACUUUUAUUAUUAUAGUGACGUAAACUGAGCGACUGAAAAAUCUUUGUUUUGCACGCUAUGCAAACACAUUAGAUAUAUUAUACAUUUGAUAUGUUGUCAUGUGGAGAAAUUUAGGAUUGAAGA